CGGUGUUCGCGGGUCGCCGAGAGCCGGGCCUGGCCGUUGGGGUGUGUCGUGAUGCCGGAGCUGGCGGUGCAGAAGGUGGUCGUGCACCCCUUGGUGCUGCUCAGUGUGGUGGAUCACUUCAACCGAAUAGGCAAGGUUGGAAACCAGAAGCGUGUUGUUGGUGUGCUUUUGGGGUCAUGGCAAAAGAAAGUACUCGAUGUAUCUAACAGUUUUGCAGUCCCUUUUGAUGAAGAUGACAAAGAUGAUUCUGUUUGGUUUUUAGACCAUGAUUAUUUAGAAAACAUGUAUGGAAUGUUUAAGAAGGUCAAUGCUAGGGAAAGAAUAGUUGGGUGGUACCACACAGGCCCUAAACUACACAAGAAUGACAUCGCCAUCAAUGAACUCAUGAAAAGAUACUGCCCAAACUCAGUAUUGGUCAUUAUUGACGUGAAGCCAAAGGACCUGGGGCUGCCCACAGAAGCAUACAUUUCCGUGGAAGAAGUUCAUGAUGAUGGAACUCCAACCUCAAAGACAUUUGAGCAUGUAACCAGUGAAAUUGGAGCUGAGGAAGCUGAGGAAGUUGGAGUUGAACACUUGUUACGAGACAUCAAAGACACGACAGUGGGUACUCUUUCCCAGCGUAUCACAAACCAGGUCCAUGGUUUGAAGGGACUGAACUCCAAGCUUCUGGAUAUCAGGAGCUACCUGGAGAAAGUGGCCACAGGCAAGCUGCCCAUUAACCACCAGAUCAUCUACCAGCUGCAGGAUGUCUUCAACCUGUUGCCUGAUGUCAGCCUGCAGGAGUUUGUCAAAGCCUUUUACCUAAAGACCAACGACCAGAUGGUGGUGGUGUACUUGGCCUCAUUGAUUCGCUCUGUGGUUGCCCUGCACAACCUCAUCAACAACAAGAUUGCCAACCGGGAUGCAGAGAAGAAAGAAGGGCAGGAAAAAGAAGAGAGCAAAAAGGAUAGAAAAGAUGACAAAGAUAAAGAUAAGGAAAAGAGCGAUGUAAAGAAAGAAGAGAAAAAGGAGAAAAAAUGAAACAUGUAGCUUUUUUAAUUUGUAAAUUAAAAUCGUAUAAACUAAAUCAGUGUGCCGCUAGAGGGUUGUUUUCACUUUAAGUGCUUUUUAAAAAGCUGUAUUGAUGAGCGCUCUCUGCCUCAGGUCACUCUUGCUGUGGUAUUACAUGGAAAGGAAUGGAUAGAGGGACUGAUCUUGUACCUAAACUGCAGCUUUGGCUGGUAGGAGAGUUGGGAAUAUGAUAGUUGGCUCAGGCUAAAGAUUGUGUGAGAAAAGUGAAGAAGAGUACAUGUAAAAUUUGGUACUGUUGAUUCUUAACAAAACCAAGAGUUGAGUUUUCCCAGUGUUGAAAGACUCUUGGAGUUGUUUCUGGCAGAUGCAAAGUUGCUAAUGGAACACAUGAAUUCCCUAAGUGCUCUGCCUCGUAACACCUUGAGUUCUGACCUCUGCAUUGAGAAUACUGUACCACGGGACCCUUUGGACCUGUAGCUCUGGCAUCCACAGAGCUUGGGAUCCUGCUCCAUGUAUUGUUUACCUUCAAAGAUGCAAUUAAAU